AUGGUGUCAACUCAUGCUAUCUGUUUCUCCUACGUCCGCGGGACAGUCGGUGUAUCCUACGCCUCGCCUACCUACUACGCCGACCGCCUAUGCGAACGCAGCCGCACUUACAUGCGUCGAUACUUUGUCAAGACUGAAGACGUCGUAGGCCCAAGUAAUCUUGAAGCAGCCCUCACGCGGGAAAAGCACCGCCUUGAACAACAAUAUACGACAUUGCUUGACUCACUCUAUCCGAAGAACCGACAGUUCGCCGACAAUGAAGACGAAAAGAAGUACUUCAAGGACAGGAAAGCAACAGAGGCUGAUCAUCGAAAGGAGAUCGUGCUGGGUCUGAGGAGGUUUGUGUUCGAGAGGGUCGAAGAUGACUUCUACAAGUUCAAGGAUCAGAAUGUGGAUGGGAAGCCGUGGCUCAAUCCUUGGGAUCCGUGUCUGAGGGACACGAUGUUCUGGAUGUGA